GUUCCACCUCCGUUUGCAUGUAUCAUUAGUUCAGCUUAUACACGUUGCUUCAUGCACACAUCCUAGCCCUUAGGCGCCACAAGCUGUUGCCAAGCACAAGGAUGGCCCUAGCGCGCUCCCUUCGCGCCCUAGUGCGCUCUGCUAAGUCAUGUUCCGAACCACUUCUACGUACUGCUUCACUCGCUGCUGCAAGUUUAGGCGAUGUUGGGCAACCACUGUUGUCGCGGUCGCGGGAGCAGGCCACACAGCAACUAUAUAGCAAUUAUCGCUAUCCAUAUUACGACACAUUCUCAGGCCAUUAUGGCACAGCUGGCUUUGGCUUUUCCGCAGCAAGCCCAUCGCUCGCGAGCAGCUGUGCGAGCAGCGAGAGCCGCGGCCCUUAUGCAAGCGGCCCUUUUGCAUCAGCCAAUGGCCUCCUGCAUGUCGCAGCUGGCUUUCUGGCCAUGUUGCCUGUGACAGCCAUGGCAUCGGGUGGCGAUGCUGGCACCGACGAUGCGUCGGGCUCCGCGGCCGGUGGAGUUGCUGGACGGGCCGCUGGUUCUGCUAGUGGCGUUGCAGGCGGGGCGUCUGGCCCGUCAGCGGCCGGGGAGGACGGGGACGGAAGCCGCGGCGAGGAUUACUGCCCGGACUUCAUUGUGAAGUUCUCAACGGAGAUCAUUGAUAAGUACAUGCCGAAGAAGGGGGCCAGCGCGGAUGAGAAGAAGAAGAUCAUGGCAACCUGGGCGCAGAUGUACUGGGCAGUCCCCGACGCCAUGCUGGUUGCCGCGCGGAAAGACCCCUCCUUCAGCCCUGACCUCGUCCGCUUCUCGGGCACCAAGAUCUACUUCAUCGCUUGGGACCUAUUCUACCCGGACCAGCUGCUGGACCUGUAUGGCAAGGCUAUGCCGCCGUGCCCAAACUGCUACAGUAAGGGGAAGGGCAGCGAGCUGGCCCGGGCGGCGGCGGCAGCGGCGCACGUGAACUCCAGCGGCUGGGCGCAGAAGCCACGGCGGUUUGUGGACAUGGACCAAGACCACUACGUGAGGGCUCGCCAGUAUCGCUGCUCUGCAAGCAAGAGCGCGGGCCAGGCUAAGGGCUGUGGACGCUGCUUCAUGGCAACGGACCCGGACGUGCUAUCGGCGAUGCCGCCGUUCUUCAGAGAGCGCGUGCCGUGCUACCUCACCCGUAAGGCCGGCAUCAGUACCACUGUCAAGACCGCCAUGGAGCGCGACAUCUGUGAAGGGCGCUCGUUCAACGACUUCGCUGAGGGUGUGGCCGAGUGCCACAGUAGCCGCCUCAUGCGGCACGCCCUCCAGUAUGCAAGCUUGCAAACGAUUCGCCCCAACAUCCAACGUGCAUACAACCCAUCCUCGGCACCGCAGUUCCUGUCUGGCCUCUUCACGGGGCCCCGUGGUGUCCCCACGGGCCAGUACUACUCCACCGCCUACCAGACCAGCAACUUCAGUGAUGCACGGCGUGAACAGGCGCACGCUAUGCUCACAACCACGCCUGCACGUUACAACGUGCUCAAGUUCGACCACUGCCACAAGCCCUCCAAGCUGGUCCGAUUGGGUGAUUCCUCCAAGGCGUGCAUCGGCACGGCCUGGGCCCUCAACGGAGCUUCGGAGGUUAUGGGUGUGUGGCAGGUCUCUUCCACGUCGGUGUGGGACUUGCGAGAGGAGCUGCACCGCAUGAGCAAGCGCGCCAUCGCCCUGGGUGAGCCAAUUCGGUGCGUGUACGUGGACAACGCCGCGCAAACUGAGCGGGUGUGGCGCGCCAUCAUCGACACCGAUGUGAGUGGCGGCGUGAUGGUCAAGCAGGACACCUACCACCUGAAGAGGCGCUUCAUGGAGGCGGUGCCGCGGACACACAAGCUGCGCAACACCUUCAGCUUGCGUCUGUCCGAGAUCCUGCUGCCUGCCGUGGCGUCGGAUGUCAAGGAGCUCUCUCUACGCGGCUUUUCAGAGCAGGAGGUGCGGCGUCGGGCGCGCAAGUACAUUUCCAGCGGCCGGGAUGUGCUGGACAACGUCAAGAAGUUGCUGCAGCAGUUCAAGCAGAUGGACGGCGGCGCCGACUUCAUCACGGCUUCCGUGGAAAAGGUGCUCGCCAACCAGAUGGCUCUGGUUGCGAAUGGACGCGAUAUGAUCUCUGACCCGUUCCCGCUCGAGAAGAUGUACUACAUGGACGAAACCGGCCACUGGCGCAGCAUCCGGACGACCAGUCAAGUUGAAAACCUCAACCACCGCUACAACGGCCUGCUGCAAGGUCCAGUAGCCCCGGGGCUCUGCGACCACAUGACGCUGGACUUCCUGGCCCGCAGCAACAUCGACCAAGCAGCCCGCCGGCGCCAGCCCGUUGACCCAGCCCUUCCGCCGCACUUCUAUGACCUCAGCCUCGUGACCCGCAUCAACUCCUGUUUCCCGAAGGGUGCAGAGCCCUUCGGGACAUGGGAGGCGCGGCGGCGGGCGGCAGCAGAGGCGCCGGUCGAGCUGUUCGGUUUCAAGUGGCAGGAGGCGCAGGUCACCGGUGCGUUGGUCAAUGGGCUGAAGCAGCAACCAGAUCCCAUGGACCUGGGUGUGCUGGAUGACGAGGACGCGGACGGGGCGGAGGACUGGGAGGGUAGCGGUGAUGAGCAGGUGGAUGCGCCUGUCGUGCGAGACGAGGAGCUGUCCGCGUGGCGAGAUGCUCUGCGCGUGGGCGCCAACACCGACCUCGUUGGAGCAGCUGGGGUUAGCGCAGCGGCGGCGGCAGCGGCGGGGCUGGCGGGCACGAGCCUGCAGGCUCACAACAGCCCGCCCGCGUACGGCAACAGUGGUGCAGCAGCGGCGGCAGCGGCUGGGCUGGCGGGCACGAGUCUGCAGGCUCGCAGCAGCCCGCCCGCGUACGACAACAGCGGCUUCAGCUUGAAGCAAGCGAUAACAGCGGCCCUCGACCUCGGCAACCAGCAGGCUGACCGUUCAGGCCGCAUCAUCUUCAACCUGCUGGGCGCCCUCGGCUGGAUCGAGAAGCGGGCGUGGCCGCACUUGGAGGACGUGCUGGUCUGGUCUGCGCAGCUGCGGAGCCAGCUUGCACAGCAAGUAACGCAGCUGCGUGGUUCAACAGAGCCGGAGGCUGCCUGCAGCCUGGCGCUGGCAGAGCAGCGCCAGCAGGCACUUCAGCUGCUGACUGACCGGACGCGCGGAUGGGACCCCGACAACUGGCCGCCCUCGCUGCCAUCUCCCCGCCAGCAGCAGCCAGUGCGGGUGACGACGCUCAGCAUGUUCCAGCAUGCACAGCCUGUACAGUCGCCAGCUGAGAAGGCGCUCUUCGUAGAGCUCGGACAGCAGCACAGGCGGGACUACGAGGAGAUGGCCACAGUGUGGAAUACACGGCUAAUCCAGUCGCCCACGCUAGCCCAUGCGGGCGUGACGCCCAAAACGUCGCGGCUGUUGAAAGAGUUCAACGACCAGAGCGCGCGAGCUUUGGAGGUUGCACACAUGACGUACGCCCACACGGCCAUCACAGCACGGCAGGGACCGCUGCCGAUGGCAGCGGCCUCGUUCUAUAGCAGCACGGUGUCGGACAGCCAGCUCGGCGCGGUGGCGGCUGAGCAGCAGCAGCAGCAGCAGCUGUUGCAGCCACCUGAUCACGCGCCGGGUGGGGCAGGCGGCGCGGUGGUGGCGGGAGGGCAGGCGGCGGCGGCGGUGCAGCAGCAGCAGCAGCAGCAGCUGUUGCAGCCACCUGAUCACGCGCCGGGUGGGGCAGGCGGCGCGGUGGUGGCGGGAGGGCAGGCGGCGGCGGCGAUGCAGCAGCAGCAGCCGUUGCAACUGCUGCUGCCACCUUAUCACGCGCCGGGUGCGGCAGGCGGGGCGGCGAGCAGUGGCGGUGCGCUGAGUGGCCCGCCCGACCAGCAACACGCUUUGCGCCUGCAAGUGGACAGCCAGCUCGGCACGGUGGCGGCGGGAGGGCAAGCGCAGGCGGCUGAGCAGCAGCAGCAGCAGCAGCAGCAGCAGCUGUUGCAGCCACCUGAUCACGCGCCGGGUGGGGCAGGCGGCGCGGUGGUCGCGGGAGGGCAGGCGGCGGCGGCGGCGGUGCAGCAGCAGCAGCCGUUGCAACUGCUGCUGCCACCUUAUCACGCGCCGGGUGCGGCAGGCGGGGCGGCGAGCAGUGGCGGUGCGCUGAGUGGCCCGCCCGACCAGCUACACGCUUUGCGCCUGCAAGUGGACAGCCAGCUCGGCACGGUGGCGGCGGGAGGGCAAGCGCAGGCGGCGGCAUCACAAGCGGCAGCACAGGCGGCGGCGCAGGCAGCGGUACAGGCGGCGGCGCAGGCAGCGGCGCAGGCGCAGGCAGCGGCACAGGCGGCGGCGCAGGCAGCGGCACAGGUGGCGGCACAGGCGGCGGCAGCGUGGCCACAGCUGUUGCAGCCACCGCCGGGUGGGGCAGGCGGCGCGGCGAGCAGUGGCGGUGCGCUGAGUGACCCGCCCGACCAGCUCCACGCUUUGCGCCUGCAAGUGGACAGCCAGCUCGGCACGGCGGUGUUGUCCGGGGGGUGUAGGCUGGCGGCGGCACAGCUGCCAAUGCCGAGUGCAGGCCUGGUGGCGGCUGCGGCGGUUCCACGCGGCACAGCCAGCGGCAAGCGGCCCGCCCCUUCCACGCAGCCGAGCGAGGAGGAUCCGAGCGGGGAGCCACCACGCAAGCGCACGGCUGGUCGGCCGGUUGGCUCAACGGACCAACAGAAACGGCGCUGCAAGGACUGCAAGAAAGCGGGCUUCGACCAUGUGCACCACUGGAGAACCGCCAGCGAGUGCCUGAGCACGUGCAACGACUGCAGAAGCAAGGGCAAGAAGCUGCUCACAGGUGAUGGCAUCUGCACCAGCUGUGCGCGGCAGCGGUGGUGGAAGUGCGCACAGUGCUCCAAGCAGUCGGGGCGGCAGGUGAUUAGUGACGACCAGGGCGUGUGCCCGGUCUGCCAGACCAGGCGCAAGAAGUCAGGAGGCAAGUGGCUGUAAAUUGUAUGGUCGCUUGAGUAACGAGUACCGCCAAUGUGCAAACGUAGGAGAAAACCAGCGGAGGCAGUUACAUGUGACAAUGUGUGACAGGCACAGGUGACCGGUUACAGGUGACCGAUGUUGGGCGCACUAGGCAGCGAGAGAAGAGCAGGAGAGACGGGUGCAUGUGCGCGUACAUGUAAGAAGUCCCCGGGGACAGUGUUAAGGCAGGUUGGUGAAGUCCCGUAGGGUGCAGCUGAUCCAGCAGAUGGCAAACAAUUUGCAACGGCAGGACAGGAGUGCGCGGCUUGAAGCUUGAAGUUUGCUGACGCGCAUUCGUCACGCUCCGGGCACGUGCAAAGGUGUGUGUUCAGUGCAGCACGCAUAGGUAUGCAUGCCGUUGACAUGUGGUUAGACAGACUGGUUAGACAGACAGCGCGGGGCAUGCAGUAGUGAGAGGCGGGUUCGCUUAUAUUCGUGGACCAGUAGCACGGGGCGAAAGCGGUGGUAGCAGCGUGCGCACUGCGCAGAGCAGGUGUGCGAAAGGAUGGGUGUGCGUGGGGGCAUGGGCAGCACGCCCCCCCACGCAUGAGGUACUUCUUAAGCCACCGG